AUUCAGAAACUGCCACACAUUCCACGGCAGGACUGCCUUUCUGCUGAUAAGCAUCCUAUGGUAUUCUAUACAAGAUGGCGGUGUCGGGAGCUGAAAAGGACGGAAUAUCUCCGAUAUUGAAGAGUACCGAACAUGACCAUUUCAAUGAUUCGUUCGGAAAUCCCGGUCUCAUUUCGCCGGACAGGGAGGACAUUGCUCGACUCCUGACGGUACCAUUUAGCGGACGCAUCCGAGGGGGCAUGAGGCCAGGAAAGAAGAUUAUAGUCAUGGGCAUCGUUGAUGUAGAACCGGACAGCUUUGAUGUCAGCCUGACCUGUGGGCGUGGCACAGAUAAGGAGGAGCCACAGACAGACGUGGCCCUGAAACUCACUGCCCGAUUUGCUGACCGCCAGUUCCUGCGUAAUGCGCGAGUUUCGGGGAAGUGGAGCGAAGAAGAGUCGAGCAUUCCUUACUUCCCCUUCAUUCCCGACCAACCUUUUAGGAUUGAGGUCCACUGUGAGCACCAGAGGUUUCGAAUAUUCGUGGAUGGACACCCACUUUUUGACUUUUAUCACAAGAUAAAAUCCUUGACCUCCAUUGAUACGGUACGAAUAGAUGGGGGUCUACACAUCACCAAGCUGGGUUAACUUAAACCACCAUCUCAGUGUGUGAAGGACUCGAUUACAGGUGAACACACGCAUAUACACACACACUCUCGCCUAUUACAUCAACCACAAGCCAUCAUGCAAUACUGCAUCAACAGUGGUGCAGUGACGCCAAAGAGUCAUGGCCCCAUGACUCAGCGUCUCCUAUCUCUUUGGUCUUACAUUCCUCCAGUGUACGUUUAAAAAAAUGUUUUGUUGCUUUGUUGAUGAAUGGUUGCAAUGCAAUGCUGUGUUGUGUACUUCUGAGGGCUUCCUUUCUUUUCCUCAUCUCUGCAUAUCAGGGAUCUCACAGUAUAAUAUUUUGCUGGUUUCAAAGAACCCCAGUGGGUAUUCUGCAAAUAGAAGAUAUCUUGACUUUCUUAUAUCUUUAAUGCACGUCCUCUAAAAGUAAUAUUUAUCGAAUAAAUCACAAGUUGAAUUGAUUAUUGAGCAAUUAUUUGUGGACUAUAUUGUCUCUUUCUGAAUUGGGUUUUAGUGGUUGCUAUGGUAUUUGUGUCUUGGAUUGAAUGACCUAGAUACAGCAAAAUGAGGAUUAUGUUGUGAAAUCUUAAAAUGUACCGUAGCAGCUGAUUUACGUCUUGUGUGUUGUUUAUAAAAGAUUUACAUAAUUUGUUUUAAUUUCAACUACUCUUCUGUAUAAAGAACAUAUUGCAUUGACAUUGUAGUGUAGAAUGAAUUAUCCACAUGAAGAUGUGUUCGUAUCUCUGAAGAGAUUAUGGUGGUGGUUGAUGAUAGUUUAUUUGGGCAAAUUUACGCCAACAUUUUUCUUAAAUUGGGAUUGACACAUGUAAAGACAUUAUAUAUAGUAAUAUAGUGUAAAUGGCAUAACAUAAUUAACUAUUUAAUGUGAUCAACAUUUACAUACAAGCUCUGUAGAGAACAAGUAGAGAACAGGUAGAGAGUUUUCCACACUGCACAAACCUUGUCAAGAAGCACUGAUUUAUAUGCAAACAGUGGAUUUUCUCACACACUAAGCAUUUUUCACAGAUGGUAUUAUAGUACUUUUUGAGAAAAUAAAAGAAUUGUAUUGAAUAGGUCCAGUAGCUUUAGGAACAAAAAAUAACUAAUGUUAAAGAUCCCAGGACAUGUAAUGUUCUCUUUAGGAGGUUAUUUAACAUCAAUGAGUUCCCCUAGCCUGCCUUUGGCCCCCAGUGGCUAGAAAUUUUGAUAGGUG